UAUAAUUUGCCCUCAAUGAAUAAGUACAAAGAGGCACUGUUACCCCUGGCGUUACUUAGCAGGGAUCUUUGGCCCCGAUCAGCUGCAUAUGGCAUUUGCAAAUCAGCGCAAGCGACCAAAAUUGAAUAAAGACUAAAUUUUAUGGAGGUGAUCAAGUGCAAGGCUGCUGUUGCCUGGGAAGCUGGGAAACCUCUCUCCAUUGAGGAAGUGGAGGUAGCCCCACCUAAGGCUCAUGAAGUGCGCAUCAAGAUCUUUGCUACAGGGGUGUGUCACACUGAUGCCUACACUUUGAGCGGCAGUGACCCGGAGGGACUCUUCCCUGUCAUCUUGGGUCAUGAGGGCGCCGGGAGGGUCGAGAGUGUCGGUGAGGGUGUCACCAAAUUCAAACCAGGUGACACUGUCAUCCCGUUGUAUGUGCCGCAGUGCGGUGAAUGCAAAUUCUGCAAAAAUCCCAAGACCAACCUUUGCCAGAAAAUCAGAAUCACCCAAGGCCAGGGCCUGCUUCCUGACAAGACCUCACGCUUCACCUGCAAGGGGAAGCAGAUAUUCCACUUCAUGGGAACCAGUACAUUUUCCGAGUACACCGUGGUGGCCGACAUCUCUCUGGCCAAGGUGAACGAGAAGGCUCCCAUGGAUAAAGUCUGCCUUCUUGGAUGUGGCAUUUCCACUGGUUACGGUGCCGCCCUGAACACCGCCAAGGUCGAGUCCGGCUCCACGUGCGCCGUGUUUGGCCUUGGAGCUGUCGGCCUGGCUGCGAUUAUGGGCUGCAAGGCUGCCGGGGCAACCAGGAUCAUCGGUAUCGACAUCAACCCUGACAAGUUUGAGAAGGCCAAGGAGUUCGGAGCCACUGAGUUUGUGAACCCCAAGGACCACAGCAGGCCCAUCCAGGAGGUCCUGGUGGAGAUGACCGACGGGGGCGUGGACUAUUCCUUUGAGUGCAUUGGAAAUGUGGGAAUCAUGAGAGCUGCUCUGGAGGCGUGCCACAAGGGCUGGGGUGAAAGCGUCAUCAUUGGGGUAGCCGGGGCCGGACAGGAGAUCUCGACCAGACCCUUCCAGCUGGUCACAGGCCGAGUGUGGAGGGGGACGGCCUUCGGAGGCUGGAAGAGUGUGGAAAGUGUUCCUAAACUGGUGGAGGAAUACAUGAACAAGAAGCUGAAGGUGGAUGAGUUUGUGACCCACACCUUGCCUUUUGACAAGAUCAACGAGGGAUUUGACCUCAUGCACGCUGGAAAGAGUAUCCGCACAGUGCUGACGUUCUGAAGUGCCUCAAACACUGACAUCCAUCACAUGAGGCCUUUAAAUCUCCUCUCAUAGCUCUUGCACUUAAUUUUCUGCACUUACUGAGAUAACACACCUUUCAGUAUUAGACCAUAAAUCUUUGUUCCCAGCUGAAUGCCUGUGUGAAACAAUCUCAAUGUGGUUAUUAAAGUUUUUUUUUUUUUUUUUCAAAUUGCA